AUGAAUGAUGAUGAUUCUUCUAAUAAUGAGGAUAUUAUUGCCGAUGAUCAUGCUUCCUUUAGUUCACAAUUUGUUGUUACCUUUGAGCGCAACAAACAUGGAGAGAUAUUAAGUGACCAUAUGAUUGAUAAUGAUGAUAUGGACAAUGAAGACUUGUUCAUAUUAGAAGAACAAAAUAGUACUUCAGGUUCUGAAUAUGAACAAAGUUCAGAAAAAACUCACAAAAGAACCAGAAAAAAUAGGGUGGGUGGAAGGGCAAAAUAA